UGCACUCCUUCAGUCCAGACACCAACAAAGCAACCAUGAAGGUGAUGAUCGCUCUGCUUCUGAGCACUUUGUGCUUUGAAGUCCUCAAUGCCCAAUGCCCAGAACCCAGUGCGUUGAAAGACGCAGAUGGCAUGAAGCUUUGCGCACGAAUGUUUGAGGACAGUCACUAUUAUUACGAGCAGAGUUGCGGGGGAGAAUAUCUCGAUGCCUACCCAGGUGAGGACGUCCCCAUCAUCCCAUUGCGCUGGAACAACCGCAUCUCUUCCUUGGUGGUGUCAAGGGGUUGCAGCCUUACUGUUUGGAAAUACACCAAGAAGAGAGGAAGCAAAUCCAAAUUCAAUGCUGGAAUCAAAUAUCGCCUCAAAGAAACGAUGCAAGGUCUUUUGGGCAAUUGGGAAAACGACAUCUCUGGAUACUACUGUGUGUGCUAAAGGCCAAGAUCAUCACGUUCACCAGACACUUCUACCCAUUCCUCUGAAUUGAUAUGCGCAAUUAGCAUGAGGACGAGGUUAGAGAUCAUGCAAGAAGAGAGUUUGCCAACAGGAGAGUCUGCCAACAGAAGAGUCUGCCAAUCAAAACAGAGACUAUGUUGAGUGCAUGAUAAUGAUAUCCUGUGUCUGGAGAAUAAAUUUAUUUCUGCAAAUCA